UGAUAAAAAUCGAAGUUUGUAAUACAAGUCUUCAUAGAAGUUAACAGUUCUCGGCAUAAGACGAUCUGUUGAAUGAACAGGAAAUAGUUGAAGCUGGUCAUUUCAAACAUUUGUUAGAAGAGAAGAGUACAACAUAUUGUCAAGAAAGACCAUGGCAAAGGCAAUCUUGAUCAGCCUUCUACUGGCUGUAACUGUGGGAAAUUCUCUAGCAGGCAAUGAUGCUAACAUUAAUUGGUACUACUCGUCAAUGUGGCCUGGUACAACUGACGACAUGACAACAACAAUAACACCAUCCACGACUCCCCCUCCCCCAACCACUGACCGAAGCACCACAAGACACAUUACACCCGCAGGUACAACUAUUGCACCAGGAGCUUCUGUCACCUGUGGCAGCAUGAGCAUGACCGCCAUUCUCGAUAGAACUCUCUUGGAGAACAACGGGGACGCUGGCGAUGUCCACUUCGAAGACCAGAGUUGCACCGGCUACGACUACAGUGGCUCACAAAUCGCCGUCACGACCAGAUAUGAUGAAUGCGAUACACAGAGCGAGCAAACUGACACUGUUAUCAAAUAUUCCAAUGUCGUGACGUACUUCAAACCGACAGGUGAAAACGGUUCGCUGAUCACCCGAGACUUCCGGUUGAAGAUCCCGGUCAUAUGCGAGAUCAACCGUCGCAGUCUGCUCGGCAGUAACUUCAAGCCCAAACUUGGCAUCGUCAGUUUCACAGAGGUGGGUUAUGGUAACUUCUCGCUCAAUCUCGGUCGCUACCUCGAUGAGCAUUUCUCCGCGCCUCCACCCGACCCCGACGCGCUGGUGUAUCUGGGAGAACCGCUGUACUUUGGAGUAAAACUGAAUGCCUCUACCGAUCUGACUCUGUUGAUCGAUCGUUGCUGGGCAACGCCUGAUGUCUUUCCGAUGAACCCAACCAAAUAUAUCUUCAUUAGAGACGGAUGUGGACUUGAUGCUACCGUUGCGUUUUACGAAGAAGAUGCCUCUUUAAAAGGAUUCUCUAUCGAUGCCUUUGCUUUCAUUGGUGAAUACCCAGAGGUCUACCUUCACUGUGACAUCCUUGUUUGCGAGGACAAUGACCCGUCAUCCCGAUGCUCACAGGGAUGUGUGUCCAGGGCAAGACGUUCAGCCGGCGAGGCUCGGGGUUCGAGCUCCCAACCGCACACCAUUUCCAACGGUCCAACGUCUAGUCAUCAUGCCGGGUCCAUGGACACAUCGUGGUUGGCUAAUCCAGUCAAUAUGAUGCUGGUGGCGGCCGCUGGAUUCUUCAUUACCAUGGUUGCCAUGGUAACGGUGAGAAAGUUGAGAUCGCGCGGGAAACCAUCCAAAGGAUACAACCGUCUGGAGACAGAAGGUGAAAAUGAAGCUUAAGAAAUGGGAAGAAUUUUGAAGAAGAGUCGGUGCAGAUGAUGGAGAAGGAGAAAAAGAUAGCUCGCCAGCAAUAUAGCAAGAAUGGUGACAUGCCAGAUAUUUCUGUCACUCAGCUCUCCUGUAUUGAACAUGCUUUAAUAUCGUUCAGCUUUCAUGCAUUUUAUUUUAAUGAGGGCAAAUCGUGAAUUAAUUUGUAUUUGCAGUACUUAAGCAGACGUUACACGUGCUUCUUUCCUUGUUAUGACUGCUUCUUUUUAAAUUUGAUUUGUUUCUCUCCUUCAAUACCCUGAUUUUGUACAGUUAGAUAAUAGUGAAAUCGUAAUUUCCCCUCCCAAUCUUGUAUGAGAAAUAGCUUUAAAAAAACCCGGAAGACCCCAUUGGACAGCGAAAAUACCGUAACCCCCCCCCCCCC